CACACUCAAACGCACUGACACAUAGUCAGAGCAGAGCAGAGGAGCUCUCAUCCAGAUCGGUGCCAGACGCGCUGUCGACUCUUUGUUUUUGCGCGACUUUUACUACGUUGUUGUUUUGUUUUGUUUUGUUUUUCUUGUUUUAAAAUAGCUAAUAUUUCACAUUGGAACUGAGUUCCAGACUUUCGUGGGUUUGUUUCACGGUUCUUCGCGCAUAUUUGGAAUAUCUUUCCGGAAUAAAGUGGAUACUUGACACCGCGCAGAAAUCUUCUUUAGAAAGUUGGCACGGGAGCGUGUUUCUGCUCGACGCAGGAGCGCGCAGCAUUUCGGAGCGCUUCAAGAAAAGGAAAGGGGAAAAAACUGAGUGCGACUUUGUCUGGGCUUUUUUUUUUUUUUUUUUUUUUUAAUUGAGCCGCCCCAGAAAUGGUGGGGCACCUACAUUUACAAGCGAUGGAUGACAGCCUCAAAGGAAAGAACCGGGAAGGGCUGCUCGACAGUCCGGAUUCGGGUUUGCCCCCGAGUCCAAGUCCGCCCUUCUGCUCCCUUUCUCCGGGUCUGAUCGAGUCGCGCUCCGGCAGCUGCACGACACCCGUCGAAAGCCAUCAUGGAUAUUAUAAGAAGGAAAGCAGAGAAGGGAAACUGCUGCCCUACCUGCUGCUGAACUCCACGGGAACAGACCCAAAGACCCGCAUGCACCCCGUGUUCUAUGGAGAAAGCAUCGAGGUCAACCCCAAACCGGAGCAGGAAAUCAAGUGUAACUCUGAGAUCAAGUAUGACUCCGACAAACACUACCGUGACCAGGUGCUUUGCACCCCUGUUCCUACAGCCACAUCCUUCAGCGAGACGGUGGUAGCGGUGCGAAACUGCACUUGGAGGAGCUACAAAACCCAAGUGUACCUGGAGCCACGGCAGAGGCCCAUCAGCUACCAGAGCACCACCAUUAUCUACCCGAAACAUGCCAAGAACACUUAUCGUACCACGCUCAACUACAAUGCUGCAGGCUCCCGCCGUUGGUAUGUCUCCACAGUGCAACUGGAGUCAACUGAGGAUACUAGUCCCUGUAUCAUCUACACAGAGGACCUGUAGUGUCUGGACUGCAUCAGCUUGCACACGAAGAGGGUGAUCAUCCUGGUUGUUUGAGGUUUUUUUUCUUCUUCUUCUUUUUUUUAUUUUGAGGACUUAAACUCAAAAAGGCCCAUACUGAGAGGGAAAUACUUCAAAUAAUUCCUGGAGUGUCUGAAAACCCUGCUCUGUUCAUCUUUACUGGCCAUGGAAGAAACUGCGGUGACAUUUCACCCGAGUGUAUUUAGAUUUUCUACUGUUGCAGUCUCUAAAAAAGGGCGCUGGUUUUCUGGCAGUUUAAAGCUGCGCUUCAGUGGUUAAUGUCUUAUUUAAUUAUAAUGCUGACAAGUGGCCUUCACACUACUUUGGGUUCCUUUGUAGCCUCAGUGAAGGCAAUGAUCAGAAUGUAGAUAUGUGUAUAUAGGGGAAGAAUCAAGAAUGACUCGUGUCUUGGAUUUCGGCCGAGCCUUCGCAAAAACAGUCACACAAUGUAAAGCUUUCUGAAUAUAGCUUUGUUGCACUUGUUUUCUAUGUAUCGCAGUUCUCUCAGAGGACUUUGGCAGGGCACGGGGGAAUUUCAGGACUGCGUAUGAAAAUUUGGACCAAAGUUUAUUUCCCUCGAGUAAGCGUGCACACUGAGACAGAGCUUUCGCUUUCAUUUGACAGAUUUAAUUAGCGCAUAUUCGAGCGACAGCUUGUCUGGGUUGAUCAAGAGAGAUUUAAUCAAAUGAGUGCUCACAACAACACAGGGAAAGAGAAAAUCAGAGGAGAGGCAGAUACUGAAUGCUCCUAAAAACUCGGAUCGCAGCCACGACAGCUGUUAAUUUAACAUGAACGCUUUAGGUUAGCAAUAACGAUGGAGUUUGGGUAACAGGUCCUUGUUUGCUCUCUAGGAGGUGCUGAAGGACUGUAGAACAAAAAAAACUAGCAAUAUAUUAAGAGUUUUAAUGUUUAAAAAAGUGAAUUAAAGUGCCUUAUUAAGACUGUGUGGGUAGAGGACCACAUCACCUUUAGUUAGAAUAUAACUGAGAACAGGACCUUUAACAGUGAUUUGCUUCCCUUUUUUAAAAAAACAAAAAACAAAACAGUUCAUUUUUAACCUGCCAGAGGGACAAUCAGAGGGAAGCCUGUAACACUUCCCUGUCAUAAUUCUCAGUACAGAACAAACUGUGCAGUGGCGCUCACCCGUCUGCUUCUCUGUGAGAGUUAUAAAACAAACACACAAAAACAAGAAGCAUUUGUUCCUCAUAAUAUCGCCAACACUGUUCAUUCAUUCACAGCGGCGCUUCGGAAUCUGUUACCAAGACUGUGCAUGAGACAAAAGUAAAUCAGUGAUUUACUUUAAAAAUUAAGGAAUACCUUAGCAAGUAAAGACAUCCAUAAUUUAAGUAGUAAUGAUAAUAAUAGAUGGAAAUUUGAUGUAGCAUCACAACUUGUAGCAUUACUUCCAAAAUGCCAGGUUUUUUUUUUAGCUCUACAAGUUACGUGGAGUGUCAGCAUGCCGAUAUUAUUGGCCGAUAUUAGCUAUUUCCCAAUCAGUCUACAUCGGCAUUUAUAACAGCUGAAAUCUGAAAGUUUAAAAAGGAAAGAAGAGCUGGGAGAAACAUCCUUCAGACAUGUUAGGAGUGUUUGUCCACCAGAGGGCACUCUGCAACUUCUUUAUUGGCAGCGCACUGUUGGAAAGGCCUGAAACACGACAACCAGCUGAUCUGAGCGCAGUCGGGCAGAGCGUAAAUGAGUAAAUAAAUAACUACACAGAACAAAUGUUAGGAAAAUCUGUGUGCGUUUCGUGCAUCUGAAAGAAAAAAAAUACUGGCCGAUAUAUUGGACUAUCAGAUUUUUAAAUCAUCAAAUAUUGGUUUUGGUAUCAGUCUUAAAAAUCCUAUAUUUGUUUGGGCUCUAAGAUUAAACAUUUAAUUAAAAACAAAAAAAAAAAACAUGAGAUGCAACCUCUGAUAAGUCACUGAUGUGCACACCUGCAUUUAGCAAAAUCUAACUAACUAGGCUAGUCUAACUAGAAUAAACAGCUGAGUGUCUCAUGCAUCAAACUCCUCUGUGAUGGCCAACAUUUGAAAAGUGAAGCCGUAAACCCACGUCAGAUCUCCCUGCUGAGGGUUUCCUUUAUGUCUGUCUUAUAUGUUUUGAUUAAUGAACAUGGCAAAUAUUGAAAUUUCAAACUUUACCUCAAAUUUUCUUAGGUAUCAAUUUUAAGUCAUUGCCAGUGUGUAUUGUUGAUUGUGAGUUGGUUUUGUUUUAUUUCAGUUUGAAAUGACAACCAGGUUAAAGGUCAGACAGGAAAGAAAGGAGGGCACAAAGCCGAGGCGGUGCAUCAGUACUGUGAGAAGUUUUUACAGAGGGAGAGUAAACGGACAUAAAGAGCAUGGUGAGAGAAGAGACAAGCAGAUAUGCUCCUUUAAAAGAAAAAUAAAGAGCAGAUCAGGAAAAGGCUUUUUGGACAAAACAAAGCUCCUUGGAAGAUGUUAGUUUUGCUACAUGUUGAUGGUCUGUGAAAUGUCAGAGAUGGUCUGUGAAGUGUCAGAGUGAUGAGAGACAGUUGACCAGUGUCGAGUUUAAUAUCUUGAUGGUUUUAUGUGAGAUCCUUUUGUGUUUUCUAACACUUGAUUUUGUUACUGUAAAAUAUUUUCCUGUUGUAUAUGUGGCAUUGAGGCACUUCAUAAUUCUCUUUCUAUUUUUGUACGCCAAUCAUUGUUCUUAUUCUGAUUAAAGAAAGUAAUUUAAAAAAUAUGAAUAUACCUGAUGGAAUAAUAAUAAAAAAAAAGCAAUUCCCAAAGCCUACUUCUGUUGUUUGAGAACAUUUGUUGCUCAGGAAUGGAUUUUUCCAUACAAGUUCUAAGUUUGUCUUACAGACACAGAAACACUUUAAUGCUGACUUUUUUCCUUUAAGGAUUAUAUCACAUUAAAA